AUUUGCGAGGGGAAACUGGAUCAGAUCACCAUGCUGAGAUUAAGUCUCUGCCUUCUCCUGCUGCCCCACGCGGCCCUCCCCUCUCUGUUAGGAUGGGUGCAGUCUCCAGGCUAUCCCAGAGGCUACUCUCCCUAUGCUAAUCUUAGCUGGAGCAGGUGUGCGCCUCAAGGCCACACCCUCUCCCUAAAAAUCAUCCACCUGGACCUGGAGGACAGUCACGACUGUGAAAAUGAUGCCCUGAAGAUCUUUUCAAAUGGAAACCUGCUUUCCAUCCUCUGUGGAAAAAGGACAUUUGAGGAGCUACAAUACGAUGUAAAUCCUUUGCUCAUCUCUGCCCCCGGUGGCUGCCUCUCUCUUUCGUUCCAUUCCGACUACUCAAAUGUCAAGAGGCACACAGGCUUCAGAGGCUUUUAUACAGUGCAAGACUACGACGAAUGUGACGACCCAGACAACCAAUGCACGCAAUUCUGUCACAACUUCAUCGGUGGUUACCGCUGCUCUUGUCGCCAUGGUUACCAUCUGGACACUGACAAGCACACUUGCACCGUGAGCUGUACUGAGGACCUGUCCGGGCUGAAGAAGGGUGUGAUAUCCAGUCCUUCCUGGCCUGGUCCAUAUGCUGAAAACGCCCACUGCUUGUACACGUUGUCGGUGGAGGAUCACUUACAGCUGGAGCUGCAUUUCGGUGAUGGCUUUGAUGUGGACCAGAACACUGAUGGACAGUGCAUCGACUCGGUGGAGGUUGUGACUUCCUCUGGGACUCUUGGCCCGUACUGUGGCCGCACACCUCCGUCCUCCCCUUUACUCACUCACUCAAAUCACGUCCAAAUCCGCUUCACCUCCGACGGCUUUGGCUCCAACAACGGCUUCAGUGUUAGCUUCAAGACCAGAGCCAAGGUCUGUCCAGGAGUGGUGACUGCCCAGUCGUCUGCUGCUCCUCGGAAAGCAGAGUAUCAGCAAGGUGAAACCGUGACGGUGACCUGUGAGCUUGGUUACAAUGUGGAUACUUAUGAACAGACUCUGAGCAUGUCUGAGUAUGAGACAACCUGCCAGAAAUCAGGCGUAUGGAGUCCCAUCUACAGCUGUGAACCUGUGAAUUGUGGAAUACCAAAUAUUCCAGAUGAUGGCAUCCUUCAGGUGGCGGACUCUGAUAACCCGAGCACCAUGUUUGGAGACGAGAUUGAGUUUAAGUGUAGUUCAAAGUACUACACACUGCAAGGAGAGGAUACAUACAUUUGUAACGGCAGUGGUUUAUGGGUGUCAGCUGGCGGAAACACAGAAAUGCCAAAAUGCUUUGAAGUGUGUGGGAAGCCCGAAACGGAUGGUUCAUCUGCGGGUAGGAUUUUGGGAGGCAAGAAGGCAAAACUGGGGGAAAUACCUUGGCAACUUUUGAUUAGAUCUCCAAGAGGAGGAGCAUCACUGAUCAAUGACAGAUGGGCUGUGACAGCAGCUCAUGUUGUGGAUGGGUUAGGGCAAACCUCUUUACGCCUCUUUGGUGGAUUGGUCGAAGGAAAGAAACUGCAAACGUCUGAUGUGGUUGUCAUGGAUGCUGAAAAAAUCAUAAUUCAUCCCAACUAUGAUAAGCUUAGCGCUACUAAUUUUGACAAUGAUAUUGCUCUUAUCAGAUUUACUUCCAGGGUGGAACUAGGCCCGAACCUCCUUCCCAUCUGUCUGCCAGAGGCAAAUGGAGGCUUGAAGGAAAAUGAACAAGGCACAGUUUCAGGUUGGGGGAUUACAGAGAGAGAUUCUUCAAUGGUUUUAAGUCGGGUCUUACAGUAUGCUCACAUUGCAGGCUACUCCCCUCGAGAAUGUCAGAAAACACCGCAGUAUAAUAACAUCCCCAUGGUUUUCACUAAUAACAUGUUCUGCGCUGGAGCAGAGGGCAUGGACAGUUGCAAGGGAGACAGUGGGGGUCCCUUGGUUUUACCCAUGUUGGGGACCGGGAACAAGAACAACAGAGGGCCUUAUCGCCUGGAGGGCAUCGUGUCCUGGGGAGCCAACUGUGAGGUGAAGCAGUACAAGGGUUAUUAUACCAAAGUGGAGAAUUAUGUAGACUGGAUCAAAGAGACCAUUGAAAGAGUAGAGAAAGAGGAAAGAAUGGAUGAAUAUCAAACAAAGACUAUUCCUGGCUUUAAAACUGCAUUGCUAAAUACUGGAAACCACAGGCUGCAUGACAUUAAUGUUCCACUGAAUCUGGGGCAUUUGCUCCCACAACAGCAGAUCAGCUCUCUCACAGAAAUACCUUUUCCAGACAUGGGCUGGACCUGGUGUAUCAUCGGGUUUCUGUUUGUGUCAGCGUGUGAGUGUUGGCGGCUGCCUCGCUCCGAGCCUGUCAUGCAUGGGGCGGUCCAAUCCCGCCACUAUCCCAGUCCUUACCCUCCUAACCAGCUGCAGCAGUGGGACCUCAAUGUACCUGAGGGCUACCAGAUCCAGCUCACCUUCACACACUUGGACAUUGAGGCUUCCGCAGGCUGCUUUUAUGACUCCCUCACGGUUCUCUAUGAUGACAAGGUCUUAGGGAAGUUUUGUGGCCAGGAGAAUUCGGCUGAUGGGCAUCACCCGGGCAACCAGCCCAUCCUGUCUCCAGGCAACAAACUCACCCUCAUAUUCCAAACAGAUGACACCAAUCCUGAGCUCCACCAGAACAUCGGCUUCUCUGCUUACUACCAGGCAAUAGACAGGGAUGAAUGUUCAGGACCGGACCCUGCAGAUGGCUCAGGUCCACUCUGCUCUCAGAUCUGCCUUAACACCCUCGGUUCAUACCUCUGUUCCUGCCACCAUGGCUACGAGCUCCGUCCAGACCAGCGCACGUGUGUAUUAUCUUGUGGUGGUGGUAUAUUUGAUGAGCCUGAGGGACACCUGACCAGUCCAGGAUACCCUGACCAGUCACCUCACGAUCUGUCCUGCCAGUACAUCAUCUCUGUUGAACCCGGCUUCACUGUCACUCUCAACUUUACCGACAACUUCCACAUUGAGAGCAUAGACACUGAUCAAGGCCCCACCUGCCCGUAUCACUGGCUGCAGGUGACAAUCCCAGAGAGAGAACCCAUGAAGCUGUGUGGUGGAAAGAGUCCAGGACUGAUGAUCACUGAGUCCAACACUGUCAGGCUGGACUACCACACAGAUGGGACGGGCCUGAGUCAUGGCUGGAGCCUGAACUACAACACUCACAGGGUGAAGUGCCCGUCUCCUGGUGUUGUGGCUAAAGGCAGGGUCACUCCUGUCUUACCUGAAUAUCUCUACAGAGACUACAUCUAUUUGCGCUGCGACCAAGGAUACAAGCUGAUGAAGGACGGUAGGGAGCUUGAGAGUUUCUCCACCAUGUGUCAAAGCAACGGACAGUGGCAUCUCUCUCUCCCAGAAUGCCAGAUCAUUGAUUGUGGAGAGCCUGAACCACUGCUGAAUGGAGGGGUAACCUUCAUAUCUGGCUCUCAGAAUCAGUACCGCUCUGUCAUUCAGUAUCACUGCAAUGAGCCAUUUUACUCUCUGCUCGGGGGUGUAAAUGUGAGCUACACCUGUGCAGCAGACAGAAAGUGGAGAGAUAACAAUGACAUUCAUCUGGCUCCAAAAUGUAUACCAGUUUGUGGCCAGCCCACAAAACUCAUCUCUGGCUUUCAGAGGAUCUUAGGGGGGGCUACAGCUCCAGACAAUACUAUCCCCUGGCAAGUGAUGUUGACAGUAAAUGGUAGAGGAGGUGGCAUGGUGAUUGGAGACCACUGGGUUAUGACUGCAGCUCAUAACCUGGUAGAUAAGGGAGUGACUGUGGCAAAAGAGGGAGUACAGGUUUACAUGGGAAGUAAUGAUGUUGAAUUAAUGAAGACCUCACCUGUGGAUGUGGCCUCUCUCCAUGUUCACCCCCAAUAUAACAACCCCGAUAAGUUAGAUUACAACCAUGACAUUGCCUUGAUCAAACUGCAACAUCCACUCACAUUCAACUCAUCCAUCAUGCCAAUAUGUUUGCCAGCUAAGGGCGUCACAUACAACACAGGCCUAAUGGGACUGGUUUCAGGCUUUGGCCUUGAAAAUGUUGGUGAUUCAUAUUACAUUGCAAAUAAACUGAAGUACAUACGCCUCCCUGUGGUGGACCAAGCAAAAUGCAGUCAUUCUAUUAAUGAAGCAAAGAAGACAAAUGCUGAUGUACCAAGUCUGUCAGAUAACAUGUUUUGCGCCGGGGUCCCUGAGGCAGGGAAGGACUCCUGCCAAGGAGACAGUGGAGGUGCCCUCGCCAUCAGGCAAGGUGGUCAGUUCUGGGCUGCAGGGAUUAUCAGCUGGGGGAUUGACUGUGGACAGCCGGGCAGAUAUGGAGUCUACACCAAAGUUGCCAACUACCUGGACUGGAUCGUCACAACCAUGCAGGAGAACUGA